UUGUAUUCACCCCCCUCCCUCAAAAAGAAGAUGGCAGACUUUCGGGACGACACCGGAGCUCGAGCCCUACUGGCCUUGCAAUCUGCCCCGUGCAGCCCUGUUCGAGUCGGGGUGACCUCACCCGCAUACCCUCCCAAUUUCACCUUCUCGGGCUCUUCGGUGCUGAGUCGGGGCUGCGCGAUGCCUCCUCGCCUCGCGUCUCCUCCUCGGGCCCUGGCCAGGCUCGAAGGCCGGGACUUUGAUUUCGUCAUGAGGCAGCGGACAGUGACCGUAGGCCGUAACUCGUCGCACGGCUCCGUGGAUAUAAACAUGGGUCACUCGAGCUUCAUCUCUCGGCGGCACCUGCAGAUCACCUUCGAGGAGCCGUGCGGGUUUUCGCUGCGCUGCCUCGGGAAGAACGGCGUCUUCGUGGACGGCGUGUUUCAGAGGAGAGGCGCGCCUCCUGCAGCUGCCCCGGGAGUAAGUACCUGCCACAAGUCACAUUUUUAGCUCUGCCUACUGGAAAGUUAGCAACAUUAGCAUGCUAGUUAUGUUAAAGCAAUUUUUUUUUUAUUUUCUUUACUUGUUAAUAAACAAACACCUGCCACUAUUCACAUUUUUUAGCUGUAAGUUAGAAAGUUAAGACCACUAGUCAAAGUUGUCUACUCUAUGCAUUAGCCAUUCGCAUUGAAAACUUAUGGUCUUUAGGAGACUGCGCAGUGUAGCUAAACGGAAACAUUUUAGAGUUAAUUUGUGCUACUCACUGUGGUUUUUGACGGACGGUGGUGGCGACAUUGCGUCCCCGUAAACACAGAAUGUAAACAGUCUCAAGUCAGCAUGACGGCUAUUCACUAUCAAAUCAACGUUUAUUGGUCGCGUAACACAGAUCUGCAGGUGCAGCAAUAUACGUGUGUUUCUAGCUCCCAACACCAAC